GUAUGUACACUCCGAGACAAAUCCCCAGAAUCAGUACACAUAUUUUAUAGUGCAUAAAAUGGUCGGACAACGUCGAUGAACAAUCGGAGGGCAUCGUCCCUUUUUUGGCAUCUCGAAAUUCGCGACGUGCCAGCGAAAUCGCUCGAAGAAGCUAAACGCGCAAGAAGUCUCUUGACCUUCCUGAAAAGUUUUGACGGGAAUUGUACGUAUUUCAAUAUGGCGAACCACGACAAAGGACGCAGAAAGUGGGGAGAGAUUUCACAAGGUAGAAUGAAGAAGGAUUUCUCGUAAAUAGACGCUAUCGUUAAUUGUCAAAUCGGCUUGACGGUGAAAACUCGAGAAGGGCGCAAGGGGUUCGUUGCCCCAAACGAUUUCGCGACUUUCUGGCGAGAGUCCGAGAAAAUCUAACCUCCCGAGAGCGAAGCUAACCUAAAAGCCCGAAAGACACCGACGAACCGCGGGAAGCCCGCGAGUGACUUUUCUGAAUCGCGAAUUUCGUCCGACUAAAAAUAGCUGUUUUUGAUAAUUGUCGCCUAUCACAUAGCAGGAAAUCGAUUGGCUCUUUUUUUUCUUCGUUUUCGCAUUAUAUAACUUUAAUUUCCCGUGGUUUUCGCGACUGCAUUGUCAGGGAUAAUUCAGCUGAUUUCAAAUUGGAGCAAGAUAAAUUAACAGCAAUGCGAGGUGGAGGUAGCAAGGCACCACCUCGGGCACUUUAUCGGCCAGGGAGUGGACCCUUAAGAAAGUCUGGGAGGUCAGAAGAAUUUGAUCAUGAAAACAAUUCUCAGGAUAGGCCAAGAAUGUCUUCUAUUCAAGAUCGAUUGAAAACAACUCAGUUUAGCAAUCCAAACCAAUCACAAAAUAGCUCUAGAUCAAAUCCGAUUGAUAGCGUGAGUGAAAAGUUAAAUGAUAUUCACAUUAAUUGUAGAAAUCAUGUUGAUGGUCAUGGUCAAAGUACCUCUAAGAACAAUCAUUCAACAACAAAUGAUCCAAGGAAAAAAAAUAAAAAACCAGAACAACAACGAUAUGUACCUAAAAAGGUAAAAGAAGCUAUGGCAGAGCAAGAAGUAGCUAAUAACAGACCUUCACUUCAAAAUAAUUUUGAUAAAGACAGAGAAAGACCUAAAGAUGACAGUAGAGACUGGGAUAGUCAGUCCAUUCGUAGUCAAAGAAAUGAUAGUUAUCUCAGUAGAAAUGUUUCUAGCAACUUUGGAGGAAAUCACAAUGAUGGCAGAAAUAGAAACAGGGAUGAUCGGAGUAAAGAUGAUCAGAGGAGACAAGAUCAAAGAAGAGAUGACCGUAGUAGAGAUGAUCGUAGAAGAGAUGAUCAUUCAAAACGCUUUACAGCAGCAUUUCAACCAUCAAGUAGAAAUGAUGAUCCAAGAAGAGAUGAUCCUCGAAGAGAAGAUCAUUCAAAACAUUUCACACCAGCAUUUCAACCUGCAAGUAGAAAUAUUGCUAAUCGUAAUAGAGAUAAUCCACGAGAAGUCAGACAAGGUUCAGAACCACCAAAAAAUGUGAAUGAUUCAAAUCGUAUUCGAGAUACACGCAGUGUUGAACCUUUAGGAUAUCAGGAUAAGUUUCAGGGAAAGCCACCUUCUGGAAAACGUGGUAGUAAAGAAAUUACAAUGCCAAAAAGUUUGAAACUAGAAACUUUACCACCUCGCCUACAGGCUAGAUAUAUCGAAGAACAUGGACUACCUAACAACUCCAUUGGUACAACUUCAGAAGAGGCUUGGGAUGGCAGUUCUCUUAUUAUUCAGGGUACAUCACCUCGAUAUCCACCUACUAUGCAACAUUCACAAACAAUGCAGAAUUUACCCCCAACUGGUCCAGAACCACCGCGAACCAAUUGGUCAAAUACUAUUCCAACCAGAAGUAGGGGAAGAGGUAGAAUUAGAUCAGAAGAGUUAGAAGCACCAACGGUUUUCAGACCUGUCACACCUGACCAGUUUUCUGCGCCAAGUUCAAGAUCACAUACUCCUAGCCAAGAAUAUAUGAACAGGUCUUACGAUCGGCGUGGAAGUAACAGUACUAUGUACACAAGUAUGGAGAGUUUAAGCCGUGUUGACAGUCAGCUAAUGCCACCUCCAGCUUCAUCACCAGGAUUAUAUCGUUCCAAUACUAAUAAAUGUCAAUCACCUGCCGAUAGUCAUAGGCGAGAAUCAAUUCCUACAGCGAAUUCACAACAUUCUUCUCAUCAAACGCAUAAAGUAAAUAACAAUCCAAGCGAAACAAACACCAUACCAGAAAAACCAAAACCUCAGCAAAUAUCAAAUAUAAGUCCUGAAAAAAGUGAACCUUGUAGUCCUGUGCCUAAUGAUAAGACUGAAGUAACAUUGGAUUGGUAUGAAGAAGUAGAAUUAAGUGAAAGAUUAGAAGCAGAGCAAAUGAGCCGCAGCUCAUCAGUAAUGAGUCUGCGCGAAAAUGCGAAUGCACCUAUUAAUCAGCCUAUUGGCGGCAGAAGUAGUGGACGUAAAAGUUCUAGAAGGAAAAAGUCAAGGCGGCAUGGUAGAGACAAGAGCAAAGAUAAAAUUGCAGAAAGCAGCAGGGAGCGUCAAAACAAUCAACAAAAUAGAGAGAAUGACAGUUACAAUAAUAAUCAAAAAAAUAAUUCUAGUUGUAGUGGCGUCAAACGGUUUGAUAAUAGUAGAAGACGUAAUGCUUCUCAUCGCAGCCGAGAAACUAGCAAAGAUAGAAAUUAUCGUGGAGGCAGUCGGGGCCCUGAUGACUACUACAGGAACAGACCAUCUCUAAAUAUGGAAGAAAAUUGGCGAACCGGUAGAACAUCGAUCUGUGAAUCGGACGAUGGUCGUCGGACUCCUUUAUCGCACACCACGUCGGCUAUCAAUUCUGGUCCUAAUUCGAUUCAUCGGCAAUCGCCAACAAUGCACACAAAUUCUCAACCUCCAGGUGUUCUAGUUCUACCUGACCAAACGCAGCUAACAUCUAACGUUACCCCACCUAGACAACAACAGCAGCAACUGACUCAGCAACAAAAAAGAACAUUGUUUGAUCCUAACAAUCCGAAUAAACCAAUUAUAAUUACUUCACCGGGAAGCAGAGUUGGCCCUCAACAUAGAGAUAAUGAAGUACCGGUGCAAACCGCUAGUGCUUCUGUGUAUAAGCCUCAUUCUGGAAUUCAACCCACUGUUCAUCAUGGUUUCCAGAGUACACUCACAGAUAAUAUGCCUAUGUCUCAGAAUACAGAUCAAUUUAGUAGCUUAAGGCCUUCUUGGUAUGAUCCAUGCUCUGAUAGUUUUCGAUCAGCAAAAAAUCCUCAUUUACUUUUGGAUAUUGAACGAGCAGAUUUAGAAUUACUGUACUAUCUCAGUUUAGGCAGCAUAGUUCCACAAUGGGAGAUGAUAACUAACAUACGCAAUUUUCACCUAAUUUGCUUACAAACUUUACUUACUACUGAUCUUAAAUUCUGUCAGACUGAAAAUAUAGAGCAACAUUUUUGGAAGCUCGUAUUUUAUAAUAUUAUAGAAAUAUUAAGAAAGCCGAUUCCUAAAGAAGAUAUUGAACUUAAAGAGCAAUACAAAAAACUUUUACUACAGAUAAUAGAAGAAGGAACGGCAUAUUUUACAAAUUUGCUAUCUGUUUUGGAAACCACUUACAAUUUCAGAAUCGACACUUAUUUAACGUCAACCGUACCCCCAAAGGGUCUUGGAAUUGUGGGCUUAGCGUUAGUUAGUACCCAGAAAAUUUUAUUAUUUUUGGGUGAUUUAGCAAGGUAUAAGGAGUUAGCUAAUGAGUCGGUAAAUUAUGGCAAGUCAAGACAGUGGUAUUUAAAAGCACAACAAAUAAAUCCCAAAAAUGGAAGACCUUACAGUCAAUUAGCACUACUAGCAACUUAUGCCAGGAGAAAAUUAGAUGCGGUUUACUAUUACAUGCGAUCUUUGAUGGCUUCAAAUCCUUUCCCGUCUGCUCGUGAAAGUCUGAUUACUAUGUUUGAUGAAAAUAGGAAGAAGUAUCUACAUUAUUACGAAUCCACGGAGCGAAAACGUAAAGAGGAACGUGAGUCAAAGGAAAGAGCGAGAAUGAAAGAAAAGGAAGGUGCUAAUCUCGUUGGUGGUGGUCUCCGAAGGGAAAUUUGGAUUCAUCCCGGUGGAAAACGAAUGAGGCGUACAACAUCGGCAACUACUUCUACCGAGUCUAGAUUCGAUGAUAGUGAAUUGGAGAACCUAGCGCAAUUAUCUAGUGUUGAGCUCAACAAGCGAUUUGUUACCUCGUAUCUGCACGUCCACGGAAAGCUGAUCACUAGAAUAGGAAUGGAGACGUUCCAAGAAGCUGCCAUUCAAAUGCUGCGCGAGUUCCGCACGCUUCUACACCACUCGCCCUUGCCGCUUCCGGGUACGCGUCUGCAGCAGCUGUUGGCCCUGAACAUGUUCGCUAUUGAGACGACGCAGCUGAAAGAUUCGCAGAUGGAGCAGGGCUACAGGUCAGAGGUCCAGGAGCGAGCCCUCGUAGUCUCGCUGCAGAUGUUCAACCUGAUACUCGAGCGCGGCGUCUGCCUGCUCAAAGCGCAGUUGGAGAGCGAGGAGCAACCCAGGCUCCUCGUCGUCGACGACAUGCAAAUACUCCUGCCCGCUAUCAAGAUUUGGUGCGACUGGAUGCUUUGUCACAGCACGGUUUGGAAUCCACCGCCCUCGUGCACGGACUACAGAGUCGGGCCCCCGGGAGACGCCUGGAAUCGGCUGGCGACGAUGGUGAAUCUGCUGGAGAAAUUGGAGUACUCGAGGAAUCUGCUGAUCCCGGCGAGGGAAGCCGAGGCACGUGCGAACGAGGUAAAGCUGGUGAAACUGCCGGAGGACACGACACACUCCGGAUUCACGCCACUCAUGUCGAAUCCGCAGGAUCCGUUCUUUGCCGAGAAGAAGGAAGACAUGGAAGUGGUUCAGGUCUGCCUGAGGAUAUACAAGAUCCUCUUCUUCGGUCAAGUGUUCCUCUGCGGCCUGGAGACGCCCGUGCUGAAGCUGCAGAAGAGCGAGACCGGAGUCAGCGAGUACGUCUCCGUGGUCGAGGCCUCGAGUACCAGCUCGCCCGGCUCACCGCCCGAACAGAGCGACUCGGAGCUGAUGGUCGAGAGCUACAGCGAGGACGAGAACGAUGAGUCAUCGCUAACCUCGCCCAGGUUAUCCAUCGGAGAUACUGGAUACGACAGCGUGACGUCCUCGACGACAGCUCCCGCCGGCGAAAUCAGAUCGCUCAUCGAGCGAAAGGAGGAGCUGGAAAAACGACAGAGGAAACAGGAUCGACAUCGGCAACGAGUACAGGCUAUUCUGCAAAAGUCCUCGUUGUCGGUCGAAAUCGAAGUGAGGCCGAAGUAUCUGGUGCCCGAUACUAAUUGCUUCAUCGAUUACCUGCCGCAGUUGCAAAGCAUCGCCAAGGCCAUUUCCGGAGCGCAGCCAAUCUACACUCUGAUGGUGCCCCUCGUUGUCCUGAACGAGCUGGAGGGUCUGUCGAGGGGUGCGGAUAUGCGGAACUGCGGACCAACGUCGAGAGCCGCCCUGAAUCCGGAGCACGUGGCCAGGGUUGCCGAGAACGCAAAGGUCGGUCUCGCUUUCGCUAGGAGCAGAAACCCCGCCAUAAGGUGCCUAACCACUCGAGGAACGGUUCUCAGUUCCAGCUCGUUCACGGUGGAAGAAGACGUCUGUCAGGAUGGUGUUACAAACGACGACAGGAUUCUCGCCACGUGCCUAACUCUAUGCAAAAUGAGCAAGGGUAACGUGUCCAGUGACGCUACUGAAACUGUUGCAGAGAAGGGCCAGCCACGGCGGGUGAAGCGCGAGGUGGUACUGUUGACGGAGGACCGGAACCUGAGGGUCAAGGCGCUGGCGCGAGAUGUGCCGGUGCGCGAAGUGCCGGACUUCAUCCAGUGGGCCGGCCUCGGUUGAGCCCCAAAGACAGCCCGUGACUCGGUCCGCAGCCUCGCAUUACUAUCAUCUACUUCUACUGUCGCUCGCUCGCAGCGUAACAGCAGCACAGCAAUAAGGGGGACCGCCGCCCUCGCGCCGCAGUGACAUCGGACGCAGCCGGUUGGACAAGCGCAUAUGUAGGAACAAUGAGAACAGAGAUAGAGUGAGAAAGAGAGAGAGAGAGAGAGAGAGAGAGAGAGAGAGAGAGAGAGAGAGAGAGAGAGAGAGAGAGAGAGAGAGAAGGCAGCGGUAAGUCGCAUAAUACACUCACACACUGCGACUCGUAGCAUAUUUUCUCAGGUUCAAGACCGUCGAUAGACGCUGCUUUACCGUUGCCCUCCUUCCCUCCCCCCUACCCCACGCGGAUGUUUCGGUGGCUCGAAAUGUUGUUUCCUGUUGUUAUUAAUGUCGUCGUCCUUGCUGUCGUCGUCGUCCUCCUCCUCAUCAUCAUCAAUUGCGACUCGCGCAUGUGUGCGUGCCCGUUUUUCUUCUAUAUAACGAUUUUAUCGGUUUACUUAGUGAUCUUUUAAAAGGAAUUUUUCAGUUUUGACUUUCGGUACCUAGAAUCAUUUUUUUGCGAACCGGCGAGCGAUCAGCGCUGAGGUUUUUCAUUUUUACACAUGUGCCGAGUUGAAUUAUUAUGAGUGUCGCGCACCUUCAUGCCGUGUUGUUUUUAUUACUACGAAUAAUGUGUAAUCGCUUGCAGUGAUCCUUUUCUAAGUAUAUAUUGUACGAAAGAAAGAGAGUAAGAAAGGUGUUGUAUACGUAGGAUGUUUUUAAUCGGUACUUGUGGUGAUACGCGCUUAAGCGGCGAAGCGUCUAAGGUACUUUGUUACUGUGUAUAGAUUAUAAUACGAUAGUAGAUUGUUUGAUAUACGAUGGGAGAAGAAAAAAGAUCAUCUCGAUAUCGUGCUGCGUACUGCCUAAAAGUAAUGCUUACUUUGACCUUUAGAGAGCCGGUGAGCCGAUACGUAGUCGAUACAGAUACAAUUAAUAUACGCGAUACGAGACACUAAUUCGAACUAUUUUCGAGAAUAUUAUGCUGCAGUCUCAAACCCUGGUCCUCUAAAGGUUGAAUCUUGUUGUUGAACUAAAAUUUGAUGAACUCUGCAUACUUGUUUAUGGAAGGUCGUUAUACUUGAAUUAUCCCAGUCGACGAUCGCUGAUGGCAAAUUUAUUUUUUACUACACUGCUACAUAAACAAUAUCAUUUUAUAACAUGAUCAAAGAUCCAGCUUUAUAGGUAUAAACGCUUUUUCCCUUUUUUAAAGAAACAUGCUUUAGAUUAUUAAAAUUUAUAUUUACAUAAAUUUAUUUUAAUAUAGUUAAGUAUAUUAUUAAAAUACAAUUUUCGAUUAUCGAUUUGCUUGUUAAUAAGUGUUACAAAUUACGAGUGCUUUAGACUGCUAUUGCGAAUUACGCAGUUUUUCGAAAAUGAUAAAAUGCUAUAAAAUUAUUGUUUGAUCUUUUUGACCUGGUUCAUUGAAUUCUAAACUCUAAUUACUUUAUCAUUGUACGAGUAGUGUUAGUGUUGAAUCAUUUGAUAUGAUAUGUAAUAAGUGAGUUUUAGAACAUAAUGCUAAAAAUUAGGUUGCAAGAUAGAUUUGUAUUCGUAAAAGAUAUAGUUGUUAUAGAGUAGAAAAUUUAAAAGUAAAAAGAAAAAAAAUUUAUUCUUAAUGUUGUACAAUUAACAACUAGACUGUGUAGUGUCUCAUUGAGCUUACAAAGACGUAAUCAUAGAUUUUAAAUAUUUCUUAUGUUUAUUAUUUAAGAAAUAUAACUAUUAUGCCAGUUAUAAAUGAUACAUUGAAUUUCUUCGUAUUUGUAAUCAAUUAUGAACAUCGAUUUUUUCAUUUAACAUAUAAGUGCAGAACGACAUGAAUUACGGUUGGGUAUACUGAUGUUUUUUUUCCAAAUAAAAAUGUUAAAAUUUCAAUGUUAGAUGUAAAUAGAAGAUCGAAUUCAAAGUUUAAUAUUAAAUUAUUGUCAAAAAUAUGCUAAACGAUGAUUCAUCGCGUUCUGUAAUACUCCAUGAAGAUUGUAUUUGAUUAAUGCAUAUAAAGUAUUAUUAAUAAUGAACUAGCAAUUAAACUCGAUAAAACAUCAAAAUAUUAAAAAAAAAAAAAUUUACUGCUACAUUCUUUUAUUCUCAUAGAUUAAUUGAUUUCAGUAUACAAGAAGCAAAAAUUCUGAUGUCUAUACUACUAAAAUUUAAUUGCACGCCAGCAACCUGUAAUAAAAAUAACAUUGUACUGUUUGUACUUCUAGCUAUACUUGCCACCAAUCAGUGGUUUCUAUCAAAUUUAACGAUUGUUAGUAAAGAUAUAGAAUUAAAAAUAAAAGAGGCAUUAAAAGUAAAAGGAAGUCAGAGCUAACGUUCUACUUUUUUAAAGAGUAUCUAAGUAGUUGAGCUAAAUGAUCAUGAACCAAACCAACUUAGAAUAAAAUCUAUAUGACAUUGAUAACGUGUGAAUCAGCUGAAAACAUUCCGAGUCUUAGCAGCGGCUGACUCAGGUAAUGCGCACUGAGAACCAUGUAGUCUAUCAAUAUUUUUCGUCGUAUUUAUUUUGAAUUUGCACAGAUACGUGAGUACAAAAUAAUAAAGUUGAUGAACGCUAUUCAACUUGGUUGACAUUAUUUUUAUUCACCUUUACUUGUACAUUAAAGAUAAUUAAAACUUCAAUUUAUAUUACUUAUUUAUGUAUUUUAUCUAAUGCUAAAUAUAAACACUAUAAUGCAAGAAAAUAAAUGUCAUUUGCUAAGAUGACGAUGAUCAUUCACGCGUAAAAGUUUCAUUUUAAAACACAAUCAUAACACUAAUCAUGCGUUUCCUAUAUGGUCAAUUUUUAUAAAAAAUAUGGAAAACAUUAUAAAAAACAAAAUCAUUAUUUUUAUAUUAAAGACUAAUUUUUUUAACCUUUUUAUGACAUAAAAAUACCUAUAACCGCCUUUGAUCGUGAAUUUGUAAAAAUAUGUAAAACGUAAAGGUGGUUUAUGAAACCAUCACAUUAAUAGUAUAUUUCCCAAUUUUUUAAUCAAAAGUACUUAUACCCUCUUUCACGAAAAAUUGAACAGUCUCUAAAUGACAAUGGAAACGACUUUCCUAGCGAGUCCUUUGUAUUUUGAGAUUUCGCAGCUUGAUCCUAGCGAUCGAGAAGUCUUGUUCGACCCUAAAACUGCCACUACGCAACAAAUUAAAGAAAAAGAGAAAAAUAUUCAGAACGUACGUUGCACAGAUUUAGCGAAAAUUAUUUUAUUCACUUUUGUUUACUAUUUGAAAAAACGUGCUUGCGCAAAGGUCAUACAGUUUUGUUAAAUAAUGCACUGAUACAUUGGAAUUCAGUUUUUUGUUGUUCAUAUUUAAAAAGUUUGUUAUUAACUAAUAGGGAUCAUUGUGAUGUGUUGGUGUUGGUCUAUAAUUUCGCAAGUUUUAGAAUAAGUGAAAAGAAUAAAAUUAUAAAAUGCAAGUCGAAUUUUGUAUUUUUGUAAACAAGAUUACGUAUCAUUUUAUUUCCAUACUUCAAAAGGCUGAAUUUCGACAAUGUAUUGCCACCGAUGAAAGAAAAUGGCAUAUGCCAAUCGAUACGGCAGAGUUAGGGUUCGACAGUUCCCAUUUGGUUUGAACGAUGGCUAGUGUUUUACGGGCAGGUUGAAGUGUGUAGAAGACUAGAGAAUGGAGUACCUAUUUUUUUCAUAAUGUUGUAGUUACUUAAAUUUCCGCAUGGAUAUCUCAGCUUGCGCAGAUUGAUAGAAAAUAAGUGCGAGAAAAGAGCGAGAUAUCGCAGAAAAAAAUUAUAGAAACUAUAGUGGACACAUAGAGAUCAGCGUUAUCUCUAACCUUUCAUAUACGUAAAUCUCAAAAAUUUCUAAUAUUAGCUGAAUUCCAUUGCUGUAUGCAUGUGAUCGGUAUAAAUGGAUUCAAUACAAUUUUUGAGAAAAAAAAAUAAAACGAUCGUGUUCACUGUACUAGAGAUUUUGUUUAAGAAUCGUAGAUAUAUGAUCGUGUUCAUAAAGUGAAGUAUAAAUAUCAAUUGUAAUAAGUUUUUUCGUAGAUUUUAGAAAUGACCAAGCGAACUGAUUUUUCCUCUCUCACUAUUAAUUUUAUUAGUUUUAAAUGAAUCUAGAAUUAAAACUGUAGAUUUGUAGAGAGUAAAAACGAUGAAAUGCCGAAGGCGCAUUUUUGAUUUAUAGAGAUUAGAAAAUUGUCGAUCCAUGAAUAUAUGCGAUCUUCUGACGAAGAACGACGCCUUUCAGUAAAUGUACUUCAAUAUCGGUCCACACUAUAUAUGAGCGAUACAUAUAGAUACAGUGUAAAACACAAAAAAAGUAUCACAACAAUCGACGCAAAAGUAUAUUUUCCUUCCCAGAUCCAAACUUUCUCACAUAUUUUACUUACGAGCGUUUUUUGCAAUACCUGAUGUAAAUCAAGAAAAUCUGAUAUGCGUUAUAUUAUACAUAUAUAAAUAUAUACAUACACCCAUUAUAAAAGGAAUAAUUAUACACAUUAUUAUAUAGCAACGCACUUUGUUUGUAUUUUAUCUCAGGAAAGGAGAGUUUUAUCCGUAUGGUCAUGCGAAACGAAUAAGGCUUAUAUACAAUACCUUUAUUAUACGAAAGAUAAACUAAUAUCGCCAGCAUAGUGUUACCACUUUGAUUAUUGUAUAUUCAAUAAAAAGAGAUGAAAAAGAA